GAUGCCGGCAGUAUUUGAAGUUGCUGAGUUGGCUGAAGAUUUGGAUGAAGAGAAAAAUUGGGAACCUGUUGAACCGUGUCUAAAAUACAAACCUUUAAAGCAUGGUUUAUGCGAUAUAACCGCUAUGGAUUCCAUCAGUUGUGUUGCAGUACACGAAAAAUUUAUUGCAGUUGGGACUGAAUGGGGACGUGUACAUCUCCUAGAUCAUAGUGGUUUUCCAGUUGAAAAUGGAAUACAUAGUGUGUUCGGUGUGCACGUGUAUUGUAGCAGCACGUUUUCUUCACUGAAAUCAAAGUAUCCACUACAGUUCUACAGGUAAUCAAUUGCGAGCCCGAAUAAUUUAGUGAUAAUGUCUCUGACUGCUAGCAUCCACUGGGUGACGCUGAUUAGAUUCCCAGAAGGGGCAUGAGUUUUUUGAAGACUGGAGAUACUCCUUGUUGACUGCAUAGUACAUCUGUUAAUCAUAUUAGUAUAUCGGAACAAGGUUAUUACAUUGCAAGUUGUGGAGAUGAUGGACGUGUAAGUAGAGAAUACUGUUUAAAUCUAUUGAAUAAUUUCAAAAGUUAUUAUUUUUUACAAAUCAUUGUCGUAUUUGGAGGAAAUCACAGAAUAAUUCUUAGAGAAUAUUAUUAAUUAAAAAGUUCCGUCUUAGUUUAAGACUAUGCAUAACGAAUUCAAUUCAAAGCAUUCAAAAGGAUGAACUCUGUUGAAAUUAUUCGCAUUUCUCCACAAUAACAUACGGUAUUUGAUUUGAUGUAAUAACAUGAAGCUACCAGCGACUGUAGAUGAAAUACUCUAAACUACUUGUAAGAUCAAUUUUAUUCCCAUCCUUGAAUCAAGUCAACCUGUCCCGGAUCAGCCUAGAGUUGUUGCAACCCAAUUAUCCAUGCCUAACGUGUCUAUCCCUGCUUGUUUAAUGAACUUUAGUUAUAUACAAUUUGUCAU